UUAAAUCCGUUGGAUACAAAAAUUAUUGAAAUUCAAAAUUUACACAGAGUUCUCUCAAAUAAGUUAUAUUUAUUGGUAAAUAUGUAUUGUACGGAUUAGCGCCAAAAAAAAUCUUACAAAUAUGAAAUAACUUUCAUUAUAUGCUAUCUUACGUCCUCUUUUCAGAACCGCCUGCGGAGAUAAAAAAUUCCAAAUACUUUUGGAGAUAUGGCCGUUCUUAUUUUGCUAUACCAGACGUGUGUAAUAAUUUGACCGUCGCCAUUUUAUAUUUUGCCGUGUGCGCGUGAAUGUCUAAAUAACAUAAAUUUUCCAUUAUGUAAGGUUAGUUACAUUAUAAAUACUUCAAAAUAAACCGAAAUUAAAAAUAAUAUCAAUUUAUUUUACAUGUUGUAUAGUUUUAAGUAUUUAUAAUGUAACUGACCUGACCUAACAAAAUGGGACAAAGGUAGAUUAGGUCAGGUCAGCUACAUUAUAAAUACUUUGAAACUGAACAGACAUUAAAAAUAAUAAAAUUAAUUUUAUUGGUUGUUUAGUUUCAAAGUAUUUAUAAUGUAGCUGACCUGACCUAACAAACCGGGAAAAAGGAUGAACAGAAUAAACUCACGCAGCAUGUGGCGGCACUGCGGACGCUCCGUGCUGCGUCUCCGGCCGUGCCCGCGUCACGUCGCCACGGACGCGGGGCUGGCGCCGGACAGCGUCCUGAAGGCUGCCGAGCGCUCCCCGGUGCUGGCUCAAGCGCCGCCCGAGCAGCUCAGGGGCUUCUUCUCCUGCAUGGCGGAGAACGGAGUGAGCUGCAAGGACGGCCUGGCCUUGCUCGCGGCGAACCCCAGCUUCCUGACCGUCAGUCCUUCGCAGUUCUCGAGGAGCAUCGAGCAGUGGAGGCAGUGUCAGCUCGGGGAAGACAACUUCAGGCGUCUGCUGGUGUGCCACGUGGACUUCUUGCUGAUCCCGACCAAACAGAUCGCAAGGAGGAUACCGUUUUUUAAAGAUUUGUGUGGUUCCAGGAAAAAUCUCUGUAACCUGUUGCAGAACUGUCCUGGGGUCAUGACUGAAAACUGGUCUGCCUUACAAAAUAAGAUAGUUUACAUGCUGACCGAAAUGAAAAUGGAAAAUGUUAAGAUUGCUAAAUCAAUGGCAUUGAAUCAGUCACUAAAUACCAUUAGGACGAGGCAUGUCUUCUUGGAGAGGUGCGGCAGGUUUACGGCACCAAAUCCCAAAGUGGAUCCUUCAGUGGCCACGAAUAACCCGUCCCUCAGCAACAUAACAGAUACAAGCGACAAGGACUUUGCCGAAAAGGUUGCUGGCGUCUCACUGGAAGAAUAUGAGGUCUUCUGCGAACUCUUUGCUGAGGAAGUAGAAGUAGAAAGUAAUUUUGAUUCCGAUAGUGAUGAUGAAGAACAGUAAGAGUUAAUGUAUGUUGCAACAUGUUGAAUUUUAUAAUAAAAGUCAUGACGAGUUA